AUGGCGUCCGUGCUUUCAUCCUUCUUUCAGAGAGAUCCGAAAUCUCAGUUUCCCUAUGACAUUCCGACAGAAGAACAACAUUUUUUCGAUAGAGUUUCAAUCGGAAACAGUUUUAAAAAAGCUGAACCUGGAGAACUUGCAACAAUAUUCUGGGACAAUCGGAGUUCUACAUUAAAACAGCAAGCUCAGAAGUUGAAGACCAUGCGCCACCCCAAUAUUAUAACCUAUCUAGAUAGUAUUGAACUCGAAGGAACUUUUUACCUCGUCACUGAAAAGUGUAAACCAUUAGAGCUCUAUUUGAAAGAAGCGGGUCUUACCGAAAGCCAGCAAGAGUUCGUCGUUUCAUGGGGAAUGUUUCAGUUACUGAACGCAUUGAAAUUCAUGCACGAGGCAAAACUGAGUCAUGAAAAUAUUAGAAAGGGGGUUUUCGUCACUGCCGGAGGUGACUGGAAGAUUGGAGGACUCCAUUUGGUUACCGGUUUCACAAGUCCUCAAACUGAUCUUAAUCAAUUGGCUAUUGUACUUUGGGAAGUUUUUAAUGGAUUCAACGAAGCCAUCACAAGACCACAAGCCCCUGGAAAGAUUCCACAACGGAUACAUGAAUUGUACAAAAAAAUUGGAGCACAAUCAGCCUCGCGAUUAACUGUUUCUGAUAUUAUUAAAGGUACGAGUAAAUCUUUUGAGAGAAAUUGUCAGAAAAAAAUGUUUUCAGAAUAUCGCCUCACAGGAGGAUAUUUGAAAAACAAAUUCGUCGAUACUCUUUUGUUCCUGGAAGAAUUCGAAUUGAAAGAAGCGAGUGAAAAACAAUCGUUCUUCAUGCAUCUUCGAGAAAAUAUCGAUAUUUUCCCUGAAGACGUGGCGAAGUACAAGAUUCUUCCGAAAUUGAUUCUGACGUAUGAAUACGGAGAUGCUGGACCGAACAUUCUGAUUCCACUCUUCAAAUUGGGACGUCUUCUAGAUGAAGCCGAAUAUCAAAGAACCAUUGUUCCGUGUUUAUGCAAGUUGUUCGGAAGUCCCGAUAGAACGACCAGAGUUAAAUUGCUCGAAAGAAUCGACGAAUUUGCUCCGCAUCUGACUCAACAAGUGGUGAACGAUAAAAUCUUUGCGAAUCUUACGUCAGGUUUCUUGGAUACCAACCCAGCAGUUCGUGAAAGCACGGUGAAGGCAAUGGUUUCUCUUGCGGAGAAGUUAAAUUACAACAAUUUGAAUAUAGAAUUGAUGAAAUAUCUUGCCCGAUUACAAGGAGGAGAUGAGCACGGCGGAAUCAGAACGAACACUACAAUUUGUCUAGGAAAAAUUGGACAUCUUUUGGCACCAGCGAAACGACAAGGAAUUCUGAUCAGUGCUUUUACCAGAGCAUUGAAAGAUCCAUUCGCACCAUCUCGAAUGGCUUCUGUUCUUGCUCUUUCCGCAACACAACACUUUUAUCCGAUUGCGGAAAUUGCGAACCGCAUUGUUCCAUCUUUGAUCCCUCUGACAUGUGAUCCUGAGAAGCAAGUGAGAGAUCAAGCAUUUAAAGCGGUUCGUGGAUUCCUUGAGAAGCUUGAAAAAGCAUCAGAAAAUCCAGCGUGUAUUCCUGAACUGGAGGCUGGAGUUAAAGCAGGAGCAAGCUCCAUUCUGGAUCAUGAGAAAGUACCACAAUGGGCUAGUUGGGCAUUGAAAUCGUUAUCUGGCAAGUUUUACAAAGGAACUCCACCUCCAGAAGUUAAACCAGGAACUUCUGGAGCACCGGGAGCCCAGCCGGCUGCUGGGGCUGCUUCUUCAAGACCAGUUACUCCGAAUUCAUUGGCCGAGAAAGAGAAAAAUGCUGUCAACAAACCAGUUCCAACGAAGCCUGCGACGAAUGAUGGUUGGGGAGAUUUGAACGACGGUGGAGAUAUGUUCGCAGUAAAAGAUUCAAGCAAUUCAAUUACUGAUGAUUGGGCAGAUAUUAAUCCAAAAUCAAAUGAUGUUGAUGAUUGGGGCGUAGGAUGGGAUACUCCGAUUGCAACUGCUUCAUCUUCACCGAUUCCUGGAGUCAAAAAGUCUUCAUCAGGAAAUUUGGCUGUUAAGAAGCCAACCAUCGGACGAUUGAAUUUGCCAAGCUCUGCAUCAGCUCAAAAUAAAACGAAGAAAGCCAUUGACGAUAAUAUCGAUGCCCUUCUUGGAAUAGCGGCACCUCCACCGGCUUCUUCAGCUGUCAAACCGAAUUCCCUGAAUUCUCUGAUGAACAGCUCAUUGUCUUCAACAACUAAUACAAAUAACUCUGGUUGGGGUUUUGAUGAUCCACUGCCCACAAAAAACACAUCAUCCGCUAAUCAAGGAUGGGAUGAUGAUGGUUGGGGAAGCAACAGUAUGACGACCAAUGUGCUUCAGCCGACCCCUGUCCUUCAGCCUACAAAAGUGAAGGAUGAUAAAGAAGCUCGUCGAGCUGAAAUGCAAGCAAGAAACGAAGCCCGCCGUAAGGAGCAAAUGGAGCGCAAGAAGUCUUCUGGUGCAAUGAAAUUGGCUUCAGUCGAGAAGAAAAUGGAUGAUUUUGCUGAUUGGUGA